UUCUCCUUUGAUGUUCAAGAUCAUGAAAAUUUCAAUGAGAAAAAAAAAUAAAAUUUUUUGUGUAUCAUGACACAACAGGAAAUCAUGACGCGCUAACCAAAAUUCCUUCUUUAUCUUGGAUGGGGUAAAGGGGAAACCGGGAAAGUGUUAAGGGAGGAGUUCGAAUGGAAAAGAAAACGUACACAAAGUCAAUUCUUGGUUUUGUGAAGGUAGAGAGCAGCCAAUUAGUGCUUCUAACAUAUAUAGAACUCACAUCACAAAUGUUCUAUAGACAACACAUCGACCAUGAGGAUAGUGAUGUCAUUACAAUCGAUAGUGGGAGCAUUAAUUCUGACGUUUCGUCCCCAGUAGUUUCUCCUGUUGUAGAUGAAAAUACCGUAAUGAAUAUAUUGCAUAUUGACAAGGAUGAGUCUGUAGGAAGUAGUCGUAAGUCUGGAACUAGAGGCAGGUUUAGAGAACUUUUUAGAAGCCUCUCUUGGCGGAACAAAGCAAAGCCAACUACAGAAGACAAGGGUGAAGUUUCCGAUAACAACGACGCUGAAAACACGAAAGAGAAAGACACUCAUAUAGAAAUGGACAACGAUGCUUUCAGCUUUUCUAACAGCCCGGUAAGAAACGUUUCAUCCAGAAACACGUUUGAUAACCUUUACGAUACUUCCAAACCCAUGCUGCAUCUACAAUCUAAUGUAUCAGUUGAUAACCUUGAGAGUUUUAUUAAUAAUCAAGAAAACGCAUUUUUGCCUCAGCAUAAGGAAUCACCAAUUUCACCAGCGACCGCAGAAUCUGUAUUAACUCCAGUAAAUGUCGACAGCAUCAAAAUCCAGAAAAGCAAAUCGCCCAGAAGAUCACUCUCAAGAAGGUUUUCUCUGUUCUCAAUAAGGUCCAGACCUUCCACAGCACCUAGUACCCUCGAUCUUUCAAAUGCUUCUUCUUACUUUGCAGACGAGACUUUAUUGACUAAUUGGAGAAUGCCUAAGUACCAAACCGCAACCGUUAUUGCCAAACGGUGUCCAGACCAUGUCGAAACAAAGAGAGAUACAAAAUUAGAAAGUGAGAUUUACUUGUUUCUAAACGGUUCUGAUAACACUAAAUUGGAAAAGGUAAAUCGUAUUAACACCAGAGAAAAAAUCCAAAGCAACAAUAUUGAAAAGAUGCUGUACUUCCCGUAUUCAAAGUCGUUUUUUGACUCUAGUUGCCUACACAAGGGUAAUGCGCUGUCGAUAAGAAACGAUGAAACUAACUUGACCAUGAGCAGUGAACCGCAUUUUUUCAUCUAUAACGACAAUAGUGAGAUAAAAACUCUCAACACAGAAUUUGACGUUGACAGUAUGAAAAGAUCGUCCGCCUUGUCAGUGAAAUCGAUGCGCUUUCAGGAACUCAUUGAGGCGCACACACAAGCUGCUGUGCAUGACAACAACAACAAUAUAUGCAGCCAGGUGAAUCCAUUGUUGGAGCUAGAUCAGUGCAUGGACGCCCUAGAUGUCCGUGGCUUAAUUCAGAUUCAAGCCAAAAAUUAUAAUUUAGAGCCUAGUAAAAUCUGGAAACUCUGGAUUGAUGUAGUGGAUAAAACCAAAAAAUCGCAUAGAAAGUUCAGCGUAUUCACUGUGCUCUCCGAAUACUCUCAAAUCAUAAAACUCCAAAAGAGUUACGACACAUUAUUGGACUACUACAUCCAUGACAAAAACCAGCAGCUUUACAUUCUCAAGGAUGAAGAAAUACCAAUAUUUCAUGGCAAGCACAAGGUGAAAACCUAUGGAGAGUACGUAUUUGUAAUUCCCCUUGCGAGUGCCAAGCAGGUUUGGAGAGUUAUACUCCACUUGCUAGUUAGCGAGAAGCUCAGCUUGAACAGCAGCAAAUACGAAACAAUUGGGAUCUGCUGGAGAAGAUACGCCUACAAAAGGCAGUAUGGUUACCACUUGACGUUCUAUGUCGACGACCGCGUCCGGUUCUCUUACAAUGGAGCGAACCUGUUUCUCAGCGACAUACGGUUGAUGGUCCCUGAGAACGUGAAACAUUGCUUUAGGAGAUGUAAAACUGUGUUUCCAGGAGAGAAAGAGGUCCGCAUCCUAGACGUGCUAUAACUGUGUAAUGCUGUCUAUAGACAAGACAUUGUUUUGACGACGUCUUCCAUGUAAGCUUUCCGUCAAAGAAAAACACAAGUUUUCCAUGAUGGCCAUUACCUAAUGCAGAAGUACUAUUGAUGGCAAAAUAUCCUAAAACGGAAAAUGAUAAACAUGAAAAUUCAGGA